AUCAACCAACACAUGUCCGAACACAAUACAUUUCUAUAUCUGUUUUCAAAUUCAAAUCUGCUGUCCUUUUAUCUUAAUUUUAAAACUAUCAGAUUAUUAAUUUUUAUUUCGUUGUUAAAAUCCAGAAUAUCUCACAAUAAUACCAUCUAUAUAUCUCGAUCUCUCCUUCUCCUCCUGAAGAAAAUAUUUUUGGAAACUUCGACGAAUCGGUCUGAAGUGGGACAAGUAAUCCGCCAUUUUCUCCUCGGUCUCUCAGCUCAUCUCGUCACUAUCGGAUCUAGGUCUCCUUCUCUUUCGUUUCAAGAUUUUUGGUUAUUUUUGGGGACAAGGCGUUAGCUGUAAUUCAAUUUUUUAUUAGCUUUGGCUAUUAAAGGCGGCACAAGCGUAUGCGUUUGUGUCCUUUCCUCUCUACUGGGGACAGAUCUUGUUCUUGAUUACAGAUUCAAGAACUAAGAGAUUGUUUUCAGAACUUCGAUUCUGGUCUUAAUCUGGUGAGUUCAUGGGGAUGAGUCUCGAUUUCGAUGUUGAUCUUGAGAAAGGAAUCGUUGAUUGCGACAAUGUUUAUGCAAAGUCUCCGGAGAAGCCACUGUUACCGAUGUCUCCGGAUAACAAACCGGUAAAAACCGGAGAAGAAACUGUCGGUUCGUUAGAAAACGAUGCAAGUCCGGUUCAAUGUGCGAUCAGUAAACCGGGAUGGGGGAAGGAGAAACGCAAGAAAUCUGCGUCGAAGCCUCCUCGACCGCCGCGUGGACCGUCGCUGGACGCAGCGGAUAUGAAACUGAUAAGGGAGAUCGCUGAACUGGCGAUGCUGAAACGCGCGAGGGUCGAGCGUUUGAGAGCUUUGAAAAAAUCGAGAGCGGCCAAAGCUGAGUCUGCGGCUUCUUCUCUAGGCAAUGUCUUGGCCUCGAUUCUCACCGCUAUUUUCUUCUUCGUCCUCGUUAUCCAAGGAUUUUCGCCAAGAGCAGCCGUUAGCUCCGGCACCGGAAAAGCCAAUGGUGGUUUUGUGUCGGUUCAGCAUGCGGGAAACCCGUCGGCGAGUGAACCGGGUGGAAGUUAUACCGGUCCGGUUUUAGCAAGGAGAUUACCAAAUUUACUAAAACCGGUUUCCGGUUUGCAGAAUGGAAAGAAGAUGAAUAGAGUUUCACAAUGAAGCAUAAACUAAAGGGAUAGACCUGGACAGGUUCAUCACUGGUUGGUCAAACCAUUUAUCGGUUUACAUUGUCGGUGAACCGUACACUCGUACCGAUAAAGUUUUAGGGCAAAAGCGGCUGCUUUCUCUGCGGCUAUGAAACUAUAGUUUUGUAAUAUUCUUCUUGAAGUAAAAAUAAGAGAAGUUUUUUUUUUUUUUGAACUGAGAAAAUAAGAGAAGUUACAAAUAAUAAAAUUACUAUUGUGUUA